CCGCUCCUCAAUCUAUCCAUCCAGUCAGAAAGUUCAAUCUUGUUGUGGUUCUUUGUAGUGUUGUACGUCGCACAAUAUUUUUCCUCCAUCUGCAGCCCAGGUAAAGUUGCAGGUGAUUAUCGAUUAUUUCCAAAAUACGGCCAGGAUUAUAGCAUCCUUGGAUUUUGUCGGGUACAGAAGAUUCACAAAAUCGAAGAAGUGCUUCAACAAUGAAAUUCCAUCUGCUCAUUGUGGGACUGACGGCCGGACUUGCUCUGGUCAACGGAGCUGUCAGCGGUACCGGAUCCUGCUCCGUCGAUAAAGGAACAUGUACUUCUCUGUUCUCCGGGUUUCCGCACCUUCAAACCGACAUGAACAAGUACACCAAACAGAUGCUGGACAAGUCGUACGACUUCUUGCUUCUGUCAUCGGUAUUUGACGUGUACAGCCUGGAUCGCCCGGGCUUCGAGAAGCUCUAUCGUAAGACGUCGGACAAGGCGUGGGAGGACACCAUCGAGCUGAUCAAGUACCAGAGCCGCCGCGGUGCCUACGUCCAGCUGAGCGAGGAAGGCUCCAACGGAGUUCACGAUGUGGCCAGUUUGCUCCAGAGCAACGAGACGUCGUCGUUGGAGUUGGCCCUAGAAUAUGAGAAACUGUUGGCCACCGAGGCGCACCGUAUGCACAAGAAGAUCUCCCAUGCCGACAGCACCAAGCACUACGAUCCGGACGUGGCCCACUUCCUGGACGAGAAGCUGAUCGAGUACCAGAGCGGACAGAUCCGCAAGCUGUCCGGCUACAUUACCAAUUUGAACGAUAUCAUCCGAGAGGCUAACACGAAGGCGUUGGGCGUUCAGCUGUUCGACGAAUAUCUCGUCAAGGUGGAGUAGGCUGUGGAAAAUGCAUGACCCGAGUAGUGCUGACUGUAGAUCUUAAAAAUUUGGACGGGUUGAAUAACAAAAUAAGAUGUGUAUGUUUAGAUUACUUGGCUUUUACGAUUGGCAGCAGUAGAUUGGAAUUUUAGUAGUCAAAUUUAUGUCUUUCUUAUUUCAAUGCAUAUGAAGCCAUUUUAGUAAUAAAAUAAUCAUUGGUUAAGUACAGUAGAA